UGGAUUCCAAGAAAGAGUUUCAUCACUUGUCAUUGAACAAUCAAAGAUGGUCUCUCCUCAGAUCCAUUAUUAUUUUGGAAAUCUAAUAAAGACCGACCUAAUUUUCUGAGACAUAAUCGCUUGUAUGAUUCUCUCUAUCUAAUCCAAGAACUUCUUUCCUCUUUCCCCGAAAUAUAGAUCCCUUGCCUUUCUCUCUGUUCUAUUAUACACCAACCUUUCUUGCCUUGCACUGCUUUUAUCCUAAACCCUAAUUCACCCAUCUCUCAUGGACGACCACCAGCUUCAAUAUCAGCCUCCUUUGGAGGAUUCUGCUGCCAAAACGUCAAAGCUUUGUAUAAAGAUCAAGAUUCCCAACAACACUACCUACACCACUAGGAAACCUGGUGGAGAAGGAGGAGGAGUUGAAGGCGUCAGCGGCUCUGGCGACCUUCAAGGCCAACCUGCUGGAUAUCGUGUCUGUGAGUAUUGUGGCAAGACGUUUUCUUCUGGGAAGGCAUGGGGUGGGCAUAAACGGCAUCAUCUCAAGUUGAUGAAGAAUAAUAAUGGUAAAGAAACCCAGGAAGCAUCUAAUAUAGAGAUGAAGAAACACAAACAUGGCGGCUCCAACCGGUGUAAUACCAUAAAAGCAGGUGAUGUGACGAUUAGUGGUGGAAAACCAAUUUGUUGUUUAUGUGGAAAGACUUUUCUUUCAACGAAUUCCUUGUUUGGGCAUAUGAGAUACCAUCCUGAUAGAGACUGGAAGGGGAUUCGACCUCCACCUCCUCCUCCACUCUUUCCAAAGAAUCAGAUCAUCAGUUCAGCCCUGGAAAAGGUUUCGGAUAGCAGUAUUGAUUUACUGGAUUCUUUGUCAGGCGGCUGGCAGAAGAAAGGCAAGCGAGGAACAUGUGCAUCUGAUUUGAUACCUGAGGCAGCUUAUAGUCUGUUGACAUUAUCUCGCUAUUUCUGUCUAUCCACACCACCAGCAUAUGUAGGUGGACAUGGACUUGAGACUAGUGGAUCUUCAACUAAAUCCUUGGGGAGGGCCAUCAUGGCUGAAACUGGGUCUAGGUCUGAUCACAGGUCCAAGGAAGAUGAAGAUAGUGAUGAAAUCUGUGGAUUGGUGACCAAGAAGAAGAGAAGGAAAAUGAACUAUAUAAGCAAGUUAAGAAAUUCUGAAACGGAGCCUUGUGAAUUCAAAUGCAGCACCUGUGAUAAAUCUUUCCCAACUUUUCAUGCACUGAGAAGUCAUAGAUCAUCGUUCAAUUGCAAGAAGAGGAGCAAUGAACUUGCGAGUGGAUCUGCAAUGGUAGAUGAUGAUGCCUCUGCGGCCGAAGAAAUUCCUGCUUCAGAACCUGAUGAUGAAACAGAAGAGACUAGGGAGGAUGACCCAUGCCCUGUAAUGUCAAUAGAAACUUCCUUUCAUUGUGAUAUUUGUGAAAAAACAUUCCCUACAGGUCAGGCACUUGGGGGCCACAAGAGGUGCCACCGGAGAGCACCAGCAAAACCUCUGUCAAAUGAAGCAGUUUCGGCAGAAGCAAGUUAUGUUGCAUCCAACACAGCAUCAUCUGGAGAAGCAGAAGGUAUUCAGGCAGGUCAUGGGGUGAUAGGCUUUGAUCUUAACAAGCCUUAUGUGAUGCAGGACGGAGAAGAGAAUCUGCUUAGCUAACUUCACUGAGUAUUUGAUCAUUCAGCUGCUUUAGGUAUAGCUUUCAGAUUUUACUACUUGGUUUUCAGUAUGUCCAUCCUGGAAUUAAAGGUUGCUGCUUUUUGCCAAAUAAAAUUAAAUUUCAUGAUUUAUAUUGCUUUAUACCAUCCAAGAAUGAACUGAAUUAUGUUCUGAUCAGUGUUCCUACGUAAUU